AUGUUACCUUAUCCUACAGAUACUUCCGUGGUGUCGUUGUCUCAAUUUGUGCUUGUCAAGGAGGAUUCGCCAAAUCUUUUCCACUGCUCGUUCAAUCCAACUAGUGGAAGAUUCCUUCCAAGUGGAAAUAAAGUUAUAGUCUCCAACGCAAGUUUUGGAAAAUUGCAUACCCCAAUGGCACAGCUCCUCAAGGCGCUGGUGCUCUUCUUAGCUAUAAGUAGUGUAGUCUCAUGCAGAGCACGAACUAAAGAGAGUUCAGACUCCGCUGAGACCACCAGACGUCGUUCCACCACCACUACAACCACCACCACCACUCCUACUACCCCCACACCUACUACAACUACACCUGUUUCCACUACUACCACCCCUCUUUCUACUACUACCACAACCAUUCCUGCUACCACAACUUCUACGAAUUCCCCAUGUGAUGGCUAUAAAUGCGCACCCGCGGACACAUGUCAUAUGAUCACUCCAAAUUGCGUAACUUGUACUCCUGUGCCUUACUGCCUGCCCCCAACAUGCAACACGGUAUGUCCCAAGUGCGCUAGCAAUGAAAAGUGUAUCCUCUUCACUAAUGCUACAAUUUGCCCAAGAGCUCCUUGCUGCCCUUCUCCUACCUGCGUCCCCCUAUGA